AUCGAACCGUCAUAUCGGUUGAACGUUGAACGUUCGUUUCGUCUUUCGAUGUCGUCUCGACGUCGACGACGACGACGACGACGACGACGACGACGACGACGACGACGACGACGAAGACGACGAAGACGAAGACGACGAAGACGAAGACGACGAGAACGAUGACGACGGUGUUAGUGCGAGCAGUAUAAUAAUAAAAAAAAAAACGGGUGCUAUAGUGAUAAUGAUCGAAUAUGUUAGCCUGCAAACAAAUAAUAUGAAACGGUCCGAAACAUCGGAUCGUUCGUCUUGUUAAAAAUUUAUUCGUCGCGUUAGAGAGAGUGAAGAUAGUCAAUAUAAAUAUAAAUAUAUUUUUUUUCAUAAAAAAAAAAUGGAAGCUGGUGUGAGAGUUGACAUGAUUUAUUUCGUUGUCAACCUAUCAUUGAUUCUUCGGUAAUAACGUAAAUAUAAAAUACGUUGCAAUAUUCUUGUCGCGAGUUUGUGUUGCUUUCGCGUAUAGAGUGUAGGUGGUGCGUGCAUGUAUGUCGCGUCGUCGAAAUAACCACGAGGGCGCGCGCGCGUUAAUUGUCAUGCAUCGCAAAGCAGGAUAUAUAGCAGGAUACACGGUAAAGAUGAAAAAUUCGUUGAGGCGGGCGAACGAUUUUGAAAGCUGGCGGGAUUAUUCUGCUCCACCUUCCGUCAUCGAACAAAAAGAUUGGUUAAAAAUUUGUCAGCACGCACGGCGUUAAACGCUCCCUUCGUUGUGUUUCAUACUUGCAAUAUGAAAAUAAGACACUAAUUGGUUAAUCGAAACGACGAGGUACUACCCGAGCGCGCGGGGCGGGGGGCAUUACCCAGCGGAUUGUAAUGGAGGACGGAGAGUCAAAAAAUUUGGCGCGGGUGGCGGAAACAUCACCGAAAACGAAGGAAAAAAAAAAAUCACUCUGUCGCAUGCUUAUGAACAAUAAAAAGACGAGAGUGGGAUGCUCCGAGGUCCCUCACGGGCACGAGGAAGGUGGAAUAAUAACGAGCGACAAAGAUUCUCGAAUCGAUCGUUCGAUUAUUCACGCCUCUAACACCAGUACCAAAUUGUCUCUUUGCUGUGCCAUGACGGAGAGAAGCGUCACUCCUCCGAGGAGCAUGACCGCCGAGGGUUACGAGGAUAAUACGACACCUGCCCUUGUUGAAACCUCUACGGCUACAUUGGCCGCAAAGUUUUUCAUCGAUUCGAGGAAUGAGAACUGCGAACGCGAGCCAAUAACCGUUUCAACGGAACAAGGAAGCACCUCUCCUCUCCUGAGGAAACAAAUUUCUUCGGAUUGUCAUGAAAAGAUAAGCAACAGCUGCGACGCUCGAUAUUCCGACAUCUCCGCUUGUAAUAACGGAGGGGAUAAUUCAUCUUCAGCGGAUUCAACUUCGCCUAAUAUGCCUUGUUCGUCACUGAGACGUAGAUUGGGGCAUCGAGGAUCAGCCGACGAUAUCGUAGCAAAUUCCCCGACAAAUUCGAUGCGUUACUCGAGUCCGGAGUCGGUACGAAGCGCUCCGAUUCCUCUUCUCAAGCCGCGUUCAACCUCGCACGAUGCUCUCUCGAAGAAAAUAAAAUGUCAGCGUAAUGUGAGGGGGGAGGAGGCUCGGCUUGACCACGAAGGAGGAGCGACCGCGAGGAUGGAUAGCCUCGCUAAAAGAUCUUUGCUAGCAGCUCAAGUUCUCAAUUUGAUACCAACGGAAAAAGCUCGAGAACGAAAUUUUCUUCACGGUCGUAUAGCAGCAAAUUCGUUGCUCGGUCCUGUCGAACUUGAGAAAGUACUGCCCAAUCGGGAAAUACGAAUAUUCGUGGGUACGUGGAACAUGAACGGUCAAACACCGCCAAAGGAAUUGAACGAUUUUAUGCUACCGUCCGAGAUAAAAACCGUACCGGAUUUGCUGGCAAUUGGUACCCAAGAGUCGUGCUCGGAACGGGCCGAGUGGGAAGCUGCGUUGCAAGAAACUCUCGGACCGUCGCACGUUCUUCUAACGAGUACCGCACUCGGAACUUUGCAUCUCGCCCUUUUUAUAAGGCGAGACCUCAUAUGGUUCUGUUCGGUACCCGAGGAGGAUUGCUUUUCUACGAGGACAGGAACGGCUUUUCGUACCAAGGGCGCGGUUGCGCUUGCCCUCGUGCUAUUCGGUACGAGUUUUCUAUUCGUAACCGCUCAUCUGACCGCCCAUCAGGACAAAGUUAAGGAACGGGUUAACGACAUAAAGAGAAUCGUUAGGAAUAUCGAAUUACCGAAAGACAUACCAACGAGACACAGGAGCACCAAAGACGUCACCCAAAACUUUGAUUGCGUUUUUUGGUGCGGUGAUCUUAACUUCCGACUGUUGCAACCCCGGGAGCAAGUAAUACAGUGGAUUUCCGACACGAGCUUUCCCCGGGAAUCGCCCAUCAGCCUUCGCGCCGAUCAGUUGCGCGCGACCCUCAACGAGGGCGCUGUUCUCCGGGGCUUCCAAGAAGCUCCCAUUACUUUUCCACCGACGUACAAAUACGAUCCUGGCACUCAGAAUUUUGAUACCAGCAGCAAACAACGCGUACCCGCAUAUACCGAUCGUAUUCUCUUCAAGGGUAAGACUCACCCUCGAACCGGCUAUAUUCGACGCGUUAGCCACGAGAGUACCGGCUCAUCUUACAAAGAUGCCAUUAUCGAAUGCCUCGUUUACGAUUCCGUUCCCAGCAUAUGCACAUCCGAUCACAAACCCGUUUGGGGCGUUUUCAAAACUACCCUCCGACCCGGCAUUGACACAAUUCCUCUUGCGGGUGGUUUGUUCAAUCGUGAGGUAUAUCUCGAAGGAAUAAAGAGACGGACGGCGGCGGCGGCAGCAGCAGCAGCAGCAGCAGCAGCAUCGACUGACCAUUCUGAAAAUUCUACGAGCGCGUGCUCGAUACAGUAAUAGAAAUUCCGCUUGAAAAUUCAUUCCCAAACGCAUCUAGUCAUCAGAAUUAUCUUUAACUAUAGAUUUAAUUAACCCGACACAAUUUGUUGAUUUUUAUGUAGUUUCCAGUAUUUACGAGCUAUUAACAAUAAUAUUCUUUCGUAUUCUUCGGAUGAAAAGUAAAUGAUAAAGCGGCACGCGCGUCCAAUCCGACAAUAAUUGCCAGGUAAAUACGAAACGACUGAAACACCACCCGUCUCUGAAUAUUCUUUGCGUUUAACGCAUCGAUAAGGAGAAUAAAAAAAAAAAAAUAAUGAGCAGGGUAAUGCUGCUGGGUAAAAAUAAUAAGAAGAUGGCUCACGUUAAGAAAUAUAUUUGAUUGGAAUAAUUUCAUUCACCAACAUUACUUCCUUUCAAUGGCGAAACUACCCGCGUUAAUGAUAAUGGCCAUAUCUGUCGAAACUAUAGCUAGGCCAAAGUUAAAUUAUCAAAAAGUACAGUCUGAACGGUGAGAAAUAAUGAAAUAAUGUCAAUUUUGUAAAUCUGUCGAAUAUUCGCUCGCUAUCCUCGCGAGAGAGAGCACCUCGUUGUUUGACGUUGACGUUGAAAACGCACACGAAGGCUACACCAGACUCGAUUCCCUCUGAUAACAUUGAAGAAGAGAGAGAGAGAGAGAUGAAUCUCUCGGAACGCAAGAAAAUUGAAUAACCGUCCGUUUCUCAUCCAAUAGCGCAGCAACCGGAAAAGACAAUUUUAUCACUAUGGAUGGUCCAUUGAUCCAGGUUUCAUGAAUUUUUUAUACGUGUGCGUGUGAUGGUGAUUAAAGGAAAAAGAUGUGGCGUUAUCGAAGCAUGCACACUGCAUACGCUCCGCUGCCGAAAAUUCGUCAUAUUGGGGACACUUUUUUUUUUCCUCGCCAAGGAGCUGACGGAGAGAUUUGACUCGGCACGCGAAACUUUUACUACAUAUUGAAUAAGCAAAUGGUUAAUUUGAGAAUACCGAUAGGAAACGUCGUAUCGUAAGAGGACUUUAAGCGAGAUUAGCUCUUUUGGGGAAAAUAAAACGUCUGUAAACGUGCCCGCUCCGGAGAUGCAUGGCGGCUGCCUUAUUUAGUAUAAUAUAAUUGUACUUCAAUUCUAUACUAGUACUGUAUUCACAUUAUAAAAAUGAAAAAAAAUCUUUCACAAUUAGCAUUAGCGAAGCAGUAAACGAGGCUAUAACGCUAAUGAACAGAAAAAUCAAAGUGAAAAAAUUCGGAACGAUGAGAGAGAAAAAAAUCAAUGAAAAACGAACAAAAGUAUUAUCGUGUGAUUGUAAAAGAAGUAUACAAGUGUUGAGCCCACGCGAAAAUGCGCGUCGUUACAAGACUGCUCUAUAUAGCGCCCCAAUUGGUAUGAAAUAGUUGACGCUGUGAUAUGAUAAUUCAUAUAUAUAUAUACCGAAUAUAAAACGGUUUGGUAGAAAAUUGUGAUGAAAAAAAAUAGUCUUUGUAUUCCUCUUCGUUUGUUCAGCACCUGCGUGUCCAUUUUUCGGCAAAAGGGACUUUGUCGGGUAUUCUCGUGAUGUUCUCUCGCUCAAAUUUUCCCAUUUUUCCGGUUUUAUUACGUAAACCAUCCGGCGUAACAACAACAAUAUAUAUAUAUAUAUAUAUAUAUAUAUAUAAAAUCCCAAAUUUAUGCCGUCAUAGCAAAAGCAGCUAUAUAACAACAGAGCAGGUUGAGCACAAAAUACCAGAUUGAUAAAAAAGAAAAGCGGUCAUUAUAUUUUAUAACAAAGUUUUACCUAUACGACGAAAAGAUGUCAAUAUUUCAAAUUUCUUUAUCCUACGGUUGUUAUUAAAAAAUGAAAAAAAUUCAUUGUAACUACGGCUGUUGAGCGCGAUAUUGUUCUGCUAUAAUAAUUCUUUAUUAUUAUCACAGUCCGUGUGCGCGCGGUUGCAAGCGCGCGUGAAUUGUAGAAUGUAAUUGUAUUGUCAAAUUAUUAUUACAUGUACACAAAAAUACAUUUCUGGUAUUACAGGUUGAAUCAUUCUGAUACGGGAUUUUCCAUUGAAAUAUAAAGCCACAAUUUAUGGAAUCCUACUAUAUAAUAAAUGAACCCUUCGUAAAC